UUCAGCUCCACUCUGCCCCCUGCCCCCUGUUCCCAACACCUGGAUCCCUGGCCUUAAGGAGGGUGGAGAGUUCCUUUUCUUAUCAACUCUUUUACUGCCCCCUCCUCCCUGAUUACACAGUAAUUGGGAACAGAAUUCCCCGUAAGGACAGGUGGGUGCCUUGUCAGGUCCCAGCCAACAGUUUACAGGACAGACCGAGAAGGUCUCCUUGGUGCUGUCUCGGGAGACAGAUCAGGGGCAUACAAGCCUGGAAGAAGCAGAAAGGACACCAAAAGGAAGGGAGAGUCACCCUGGGACAGGAGCCUCUGAGAGGCUUGUGAGGUGAAGCCAGGGAGACUGGAAGGCAGGCCAGAGACGCCGGCACUCCGCCCAGCCCCGUCCCAGACAGCCAGCCUGUGGGGGUCCGGAGACCCCCAAUCUAAGCCCACACCUGCCAGACCACAGAGGCCCAGGUGCUCCAGAAAGCCUACUCUGGAGUCUGGAAGCACCAGACCUAGAAGUCCAAGAGGGUUUCUGGGAACACCUUUCAAGCUGCCGGGUGGCCCGGAUCUCAGCUGGCCCCUGGGGCCCAAGGGUGGCACUCGAGCCUUCCAGAGACUGCCCAGAGCCAGCAGGAAGGGGCCACAAGUGGAAAAAAGGCAAAAGUGGACGUCUCCUCUUCCUUCCAGCUCUUUACCUUGUUCCCCACUGACAGCGACCUCAGGGGCCCCAGCCUAGCCUGGAGAUUUUGAAAGCGACCACGCCGGAGAGGACCCUUUGCAGCACAACUGAAACCAGCGGUGGCCAUGGUGGCUCCCUUCCUGCAAGAGCUCUGAGCCCAUGGGCAUGGGAGACAAGCGUAUUCCAGCUCUCCCAAUGUGACCUGCCUCCUCCAUCCCAGGAGUGUCCCCGUGGAGACAGAGCUGUGCUUGGAUAAUUGGACAUGAGGCUCUCCAUGCUCCACCUCUGCUUGCCCUUUUGAUUCCAGGAUUCUCAGGGGAGGAAGUUCGCCACCCUCCACCAGCAUCGCCCUGGGCGCACACAAGGUCCCCCUCUGCCCCUCCUCACAGCCACCCACGGAGGGCAUCACGGCAAACCCUGCCCUCUGCAAGAUAUGGAGAGGAAAUGCCCGGGGCACUGUGGGGCCCCCAAGAAGCUGGAGCUGUCCUUCUCCAUCGAGGAGAUCUUAAAGAGGCCCACUGAGAGCAGCCGCAUGGUCAAGACAGAAGGGGCAGGUGGACAGGACACCCGGCAAGCAGCAGGUGUAAGCUCCGGACUGGAGAGGCCCCCACAGGCCCAGCCCCAGGAGGAAAGAAAGAGCAAGAGGAGGGUCCGAACCACCUUCACCACCGAGCAGCUGCAUGAGCUGGAGAAGAUCUUCCACUUCACCCACUACCCAGAUGUCCACAUCCGCAACCAGCUGGCAGCCAGGAUCAACCUCCCAGAAGCUCGGGUGCAGAUCUGGUUCCAGAACCAGCGUGCCAAGUGGCGGAAGCAGAAGACUGGCAGCCUUGGAGCUUCACAGCAGCUGAGUGAGGCCGGCUUGGCCCUGGCCACAAACCUGGACGUGGCCGGCCCCAUGCUGCCGCCCUCCAUUCCACCCUGGCUGGCCCUUCCCACGGGGUGUUACCCACCAGCUCCAGGCCAGCCCGCCUCUGCCUGGUUCCCCGGCCAGAUCACCCUCCUGCCAGGCCACCUGUGGGAGACACAGCCUCUCCUAGGCUCUCUCAUUCAGCAGACCUGCAUCCCUGCACUGUGCUGCCUUCCACCUGCGAACUCCAAAUGGGGCAGCCCCUGUGCCACCUCCACAUAGGGAUGGAAUAACCUCUCACCAAUGGAGCCGCUCCCCUCUCCAGGUGAAGAGGAGGGCAGGAGGGUGCCCGGGACUCUAGGGGAAUCAAUCUCAGCACCCAAAGAUGGCCCACAGCCCAGGAAGCUCCCUGAGCACACCCCGGAGGGAAGGUUGCAUUGCACUCAGAGCAAAGUGAGCAAUACGGGAGCUCUCAUCGCUCUUCCCAAGUGGUCCUCCGGUCUCAGAAGACAGAGGCUGCGUGAGAUCCCGAGAUGAGCUCUGGAACAAGGAGGGCAUCAUCUUCACUCAUGCUUCCUCUAACUCGCUGUGUGACCUCCAGCUCAUUACUCAUCGUCUCUGGACCUCAUCUACAACACAGGCAGUUGGACAAGGAGACUUCUGAGGACCCUUCUGGCUCUUCUUCAGUGAGGUGAACUGUGGUGAGAACAGGGGAUUAGAGGAGGCCCAGGAGGGGUUGUCUGGUCAUUCCUGAUACAUUUAUUGAGCACCUACUGAAUAAUGUAUAAACGGAACUGGAUCUAGACACGAAUAAUCAAGUCUCGCCCCCAGGAGCCCAGUCCAGGUUGGCCCAAGGGGUCACGCUGAGCUUCCCCUACAAGCAGAACACGCGCUCAGUGACCUUGCAGUUGGCCCAUGGCUAACAAAUUCUGUAUGGCUUUGACGUGAAUGUGCAAAGUGGAAGAUAAAUAUAGGGAAAGUUGGUUUUUUGUUUGUUUUUUAAUUUAAGACAGAACAUUGUAUCUUUGGUUAUCCUGCUAGACUGGGGAGGGAUGUUGUAUUUCCAGUCUGAAUAAAGACUAUGACAGUAA